AUGGAAACGCGCAGCACCAAGAAGUUGUUGGAUUGUAGCGGACAGUUGCUGAUAGCUCUUGCGUUCCAGGUCAACGUUCCCAAAACCCGCCGGACGUACUGCAAGUCCAAGGAGUGCCACAAGCACACCCAGCACAAGGUCACCCAGUACAAGGCUGGCAAGGCCUCCCUGUUCGCCCAGGGUAAGCGUCGUUACGACCGGAAGCAGAGCGGUUACGGUGGUCAGACCAAGCCUGUCUUCCACAAGAAGGCCAAGACCACCAAGAAGGUCGUCCUGCGUCUUGAGUGCACUGCCUGCAAGGCCAAGAAGCAGCUCGCUCUGAAGCGUUGCAAGCACUUCGAGUUGGGUGGUGACAAGAAGACCAAGGGUGCUGCUCUUGUUUUCUAA